UUUAUUUGAGUUUCUCUACUCCCAAACAGAUCUGUAAUUGAAAAAAGCUUUUGAAAGUCGUACGGUCGCCAUCAUCUUGAUUAAUUCAGGCUUUUCAAGAAAGAGAGACAAACAUGGCGUCUUCAAGCUCAAGCUCACCAUGUGCAGCUUGUAAAUUCCUUAGGAGAAAAUGCACACAAGAAUGUGUAUUCGCUCCAUAUUUCCCACCAGACCAACCUCACAAAUUCGCAUACGUUCACAAAAUAUUCGGAGCAAGUAACGUCGCUAAGCUUCUCAACGACCUCGCCUCUAACCAAAGAGAAGACGCCGUUAACUCUCUUUUCUAUGAAGCCGAAGCUCGACUUCGCGACCCGGUUUACGGUUGCGUCGGUUUAAUCUCAAUCCUUCAACAUCGCCUUAAACAGCUUCAACACGAUCUUGACAACGCCAAGAAAGAACUCGCUGCUUACGCUGCUCCUAAUGCUAUGCUUCCUAUGCAUCAUCCUCAACCGCAUUUUAUGUCUCUACCGCCGCAACCGCAGCGACCGUCUUCUGCUUCUUCUUCAGCGUCUGUGCUGACUCAGCAGCAGCAGCAUCAUAACUUGUUGCCAGUGUUGGCUAUUCCAACUGAGCAACUACUGUACCAUCAGCAACAUAUUUUCGAGGCUCAGCAAUUAGCAGCGGUUAAUUCGGUUUCCAGAGACCAACUAAAUGAAAUGUUUAGAGCGUACGGAGGAGGAAGUAAUAGUCCACAUCAUCACCAUAACCAACCUCAAUUUGAUAUUUUGAGGUUCAAUAGUGGAUUUGGCUCUGUACCGACGGGUUCGGUUACAGUAACCGGGUUUAAUCAAUUAAGCUCCAGCGGUACAACCAUAACCGGAAUGUCACCGUCUUUGGCUCUUGGUGAUAGCUUUGUUGAUAGUCCUUCAACUAAUGAUAAUUAUCAUAGGGAUCAACAAUUACAACAUCAACAAUCUUCUCAACCGCUACCGCUUCAAACGCAGGAGACUCAGACGCGUCCGAAUUCAAAGAGCGAGGAGGGUAGAGGGAAUAUCAUUGGUUCAUCUCGGUAA